AUGACUGAAACAAUGGCGUUAAGUGGAAACUCAAGAGCUCAGCCGACGGGCAAAGAUCAAGGCUCUGCCCACAACAGUUUUCCGGACGUUAUUGAACUCAAUGUCGGGGGACAGGUGUAUUAUACUCGCCACAUCACGUUAAUCAGCCACCCGGGCUCCCUUCUGGGAAAAAUAUUCUCUCCUAAACAUAAUGCCUCAAAUGAUCUCGCCAGAGACCCCAAAGGCCGUUACUUCAUCGACCGAGAUGGGUUUUUAUUCAGAUAUGUUUUAGACUACCUCAGAGACAAACAAGUCGUCCUCCCCGACCAUUUCCCGGAGAAGGGGAGACUGAGGAAAGAAGCGGAGUACUUUCAAUUACCCGACUUGGCUAAACUCUUGACCCCUGACGACUUGAAGCCCAGUCCCGACGAAUACAUCCACAGUGAUUACGAGGACGGGUCUCAAGGAAGCGACCAGCGAAUGUGCCCCCCGGCGUCGCUCGUUCCCGCCGACAGAAAGAGCGGGUUCAUAACCGUCGGAUAUCGCGGGUCUUGCACAAUGGGCAGGGAGAGUCAAACCGACGCCAAAUUUCGGAGGGUGCCGAGGAUUAUGAUAUGUGGGAGGAUUGCUUUGGCCAAAGAAGUUUUUGGCGAGACCUUGAAUGAGAGCAGGGACCCAGAUAGGACCCCUGACAGGUACACGUCCCGCUUUUACCUCAAGUUCAAACACCUGGAGCGCUCUUUUGAUAUGCUCUCGGAAUGUGGCUUCCAGAUGGUGGCGUGUAACUCGUCAGUGACGGCCUCGUUCGUCAACCAGCACACUGACGACAAGAUAUGGUCAAGUUACACUGAGUACGUCUUUUACCGUGGCCCUUCCCACUUGUCAUCUCCAUCUUGCGACUGCUGCUGCAAGGGUCACAAAGGUGAAGGGGAAGGUGAGAGUGGAACCUCCUUCAAUGAACUCUCCACCUCCAGCUCAGAGAGCCAUUCCGAGGCCAGUUCCCCACAAGGUACAGUCAUCCGUGGGCCAGUCAGCCGGCAGUCCCACGUGCAGACGUUGGAUCGACCCCCCAAGAAAGGCCCUGUUCAGCAACUUCUGCAGCAGCAACAGUCAGAGCAGCGUCGCAAGAGAGAUCUUCUCCGAACCCUUACCGCAAGCUCAAGAGAUACCAGCACCUGCAAGAAGCGACCAGCGAAAGAAAAAUUUACUGUGGAAGAGGAGCUGGAAAAGUGUAUCCAGGACUUCCGCAAGAUCAAGAUUCCUGAUCACUUUCCAGAGCGCAAGUACAUGUGGCAGGCCGACCUCCUACGCAAAUAUCGUCUUUGA